AAAGUUCCAUCCCAAAUAAUUAGCAAGUAUAUCUGAGCGAUUUUACCGAUGGACGGCGCAAAUAAAUUUAUAAAAAGAUUAUUGGGCGAUAUAAGUAGUCGUUCAGCUUAUUCACAACUGUUUAUUGGUGUGACUUCAGGAUGGGCGACUGGGUACACAACAAUGAAGUUUGGAAAGUUUGCUGCGUUUGCUAUUGGAGGAAGUAUUAUUUUAAUUGAAAUUGCGCACCAGGAAGGAUUUAUUAAAAUUGACUGGCCCAAAUUGACAAAAAGUGUGGAUAAAAUAGCUGAAAAGGUCGAAUCUUCAAUAGCUGGAAAUGAUGCAAAUUGGAUGGAUAAGACGGAAAAUUUUUUGGAUCGAAAACUUGAUAAAGCAGAAAAUCAUCUUAAAGGAAGGGCAACAAAAGUAAGGAAAUGGUACGCCAAAUAUAUUGGAGAUGAAGAAGGACCGAAAAUUAAUGAUCUUCACAUAUUUUUAACGGCAUUCCUUGGAGGAAUCGCAUUGGGUGUGGCUACUGGUUAAUAAAAAUAUAUUAACGCAAUAUCAAUGCAAUGUCUUUGAUGUUUGACGGAUAGUAACUAAAUAAAUCAGGUUUUUUUUAUCACUCCAACUAAACAUAUGGUUAAAAACAGUUUGUUUACAACAUACAAAGCUUGAUUAUCUUAUCCUAUAAUGAUAGAACAUUUAAUGCGUUGGUUAAUGAAUCGCGUUGUAUGGUACCGGAAAAUUGUAUAAUGACGCAUUAAUUC